GGAGUAAAAAUCGAUAUGCUGCAAAAAAGUCUCGCCACGCUGAGGUAAACAUCGAACGGAACAGCUUGGGUCGAAAACAUAUUCCAGUGUGAAUUCCGGCAAAAUGAUGCUAAUGACCGAUAGUGGAAACGAGAGUGAAGAACGUGUCGAGUCGUUGUUUUCGGACAAUCUGGAGAAAACCAGUGAACUUCUCGCGGAAGCAUUGCAAACAUAUUCCGACUCGGAUGCGGAGAGUGACAUUUACUCGAAAAUGAACGAGUUUGAUGUGGUGUUCCAUGAUCCGAAGGAUAAAUCCGGACCCCAGGGAGAAGACCGGAAAGAGCUGGUACCCAAGGGAGAAUUUCUCAUCGACAGUGUUGCACCAGCAUCGACCACAAGGCGGGUUUUGACCAGUGAUAAUAGCACAGAAUCGUACACGUCUUCCAUUGGGAAUAGUAGCGUAUCAACGCAAGACAGUGAAACUCGGCCGAACCAGAAGUUUAUCCAGAUAAAUACUUGCAAAAUAUUGCAACGAAAGCUGGAGCUUAAGGUCGAACGUGCAAAGCGUAACUAUCGACAGAUGUACGAAGAACAGGACUCCAUCCAAGACCUUGUGCCUAAGUCGGCGCCAUUAAUACCAAUUACCCGACUAUCGAUUCCCGGCAGUAGGGACUAUCAGCAGCCUCUGGUAGACGUAGGACCAAUCUCUGGCGAAACUGAUGAGGACGAUUUAGAGCAGGUUUCGUUCUUCCCGAGAGCCACGAAAAAAGCAACAGGCGCGCACAAACGGCAUGAACUGUCGGACACAUUUAGCAUACAAGAGAUGACCAUCGAAUCGGACCAAGAGGACGAACUGGACUUCCAGCAGUGCCGCAAACUUUCGGACAGUAGAAAAUAUAAGAAGAUCUUGAACAGAGGACUCAGCGGCGAAGAGGGUGACUAUUUGGAUAACGACGUCGACGAUUGUGAGGAUGAUGACGACUCGCAGAAUUUGGAACUGCUACCGCCGAAGGGAGGAUACAAUGUGAAGGAAUGGGCUCAGCGAGCGUUAUGUUGCUUCAAAAGGAACGAUUUCAUAUCAUGAGAUUAUGAGUACAAACUGGUGGAGAAUGAUGACAACACUGGUUAGGGGGUACUUCGGGGGGUGGUGUAUAUGUUGACUGACAUAUUGGAGAUAAAGUUUUGUUGUUGAUAAUUGUGUAUGUGUCUAAAAUAUCAUUUUACCUGUUACUGAGAAAUUAAAAACUGAACGCUAUUGUAAUUUAUGGAAAUAAAGUAUUGGGACAUUAUUUGAAAAAUAAAAUGC